AUGCGCGCUGAGACCCAAGUUUUCGCUCGUGCUCGAACAAGUAACGACGCACUUCCAUACUCACCGCCGCCAAAAAUGGACUCCGAUUGUUCUCCGAAGGAGUGUCAAAAAACACUAGGAGAGCUCUACAAUCAAGGUGAACCCAAAUUCUGUCGAGAUAGACACGCAAGCGAGGUCCAAGACCUUGAAGAAGGGGAUAUUCAUACGCCUCUAGACCCUCCACAUCCUUUCGGUACAAGGCGACCCUCGUUAGAGAAGGACUAUCAUGCGCAGUUCCACCAAACGAACAUUCAUUUGAUCGCCCUGGAUUCAGCUCAUGCCGGGAAUCUCCGGCUGAGGGGACCAAUGCCUCUUCUCGAUGUUGAAAUCGUUGCCAUUACAAUUGGAUUUGAUGCAAGCACUGAAUGGAUCAAAAACAUGGUCAUCAAGGAUAUAAGUAGCAUAGAUUUAGAGGUUCGUUGGCGUGAGAGAGUAUCAAGCUUUAUGGGUUUGUUGGUUCCCGGCUUUCCAAAUAUGUUCUUGCCCUAUUCGGCUCAUCACUUGACCCCAUUCGCAAAUGGCCCCGUAUUCAUUCUAUUUCAAGAAGACCUGGUUCGAGUUGUAGUGGUGUAUGAGCUUGACCCAUCGCACAAAGUCGUGAUACACGGGUGCUAG